UUGAAAUGUGGCUCUACUCGUCUCUGAAUUUGUAUCCGAACAUCACUAAAAGCAGACGAGAACGCCAGUUAAAUAAUGGCUGCUGCUAUAUCCUCGGCAGCCGCAGCCGCAGCUAGGCUCCGCCUCCUGAAACCGUUGCACGCCGCCGCUCCUCUCGUUUUUCCUCUCUUCAGCAACCUCAGACUCAGCCACCACCACUCCGCCGAUCCAUUGCUUCUCGCGGCCAUAUCGCCCCACCAACGCAGUUGCAGCUCCGUAGUGGUCUCUGCCGCCACCUCCUCCGGAGAGGCUACGAAGCCUCAGGCCGUAGAGCUGGGAAAUGGCGCGAAAAUCCGGGAGUUCCGUAAGAAAUUCAAGAUUGUUGACAUUAAAAGCGGGGCCGAUGAAGGGUUGAAUCGAUUGGGAGAGACUCUUGUGGUUAGAGGAUGGGUUCGAACACUAAGAGCUCAGAGCAGUGUCACGUUUAUUGAGGUUAAUGAUGGCUCGUGCCUUUCGAAUAUGCAAUGCGUGUUGAGUCCUGAUGCGGAAGGUUAUGAUCAGGUAGAGAGUGGUUCGAUUUCAACUGGUGCUUCAGUAUGGAUACAAGGUACUAUAGUGGCCAGUCAAGGGUCAAAGCAAAAAGUAGAAUUGAAGGUUGACAAACUUGUAGUGGUUGGCAAGAGUGACCCCUCUUUCCCUAUACAGAAAAAACGGGUCAGCAGAGAGUUUUUAAGAACUAAGGCUCAUCUUCGUCCACGAACAAAUACUUUUGGUGCGGUUUCAAGGGUGAGAAACGCUCUGGCCUACGCAACACACAAAUUCUUUCAAGAAAAUGGUUUUGUUUGGCUCUCAAGUCCUGUCAUUACUGCUUCAGAUUGUGAAGGAGCUGGUGAACAGUUUUGUGUUACGACCUUGGUUCCAAACAACAGGGAAAUUGCAGAUUCUCAUGUGAGUAACAUCCCUAAAACAAAGGAUGGUUUAGUUGAUUGGUCCCAGGACUUUUUUGGAAAACCAGCAUUUCUGACAGUAUCUGGGCAGUUGAAUGCUGAAACUUAUGCUACUGCUCUUACUGAUGUCUAUACUUUUGGCCCCACAUUUAGAGCCGAAAAUUCCCAUACUUCUCGGCACUUAGCUGAAUUUUGGAUGAUAGAGCCAGAGCUUGCAUUCGCUGAUUUAGAAGAUGACAUGGCCUGUGCAACAGCAUAUCUCCAGUAUGUAUUUUGGACAACUGACUUGAUACUUUCUUCAUGGAAGGUACAAUACAUUCUUGAUAACUGCAAAGAAGAUAUGGAUUUCUUCAAUACUUGGAUUGAAAAGGGAAUUAUUAACCGACUAAGUGAAGUUGUAGAGAAAAGCUUUGUGCAAUUGACAUACACUGAUGCAGUUGAACUUCUUCUGAAAUCAAGGAAAAAGUUUGAAUUCCCGGUAACCUGGGGAUGUGAUUUGCAAAGUGAGCAUGAACGCUAUAUAACAGAAGAGGUGUUCAGUGGAUGCCCUGACAUCAAAGCUUUUUACAUGCGGCAAAAUGAUGAUGGAAAGACUGUUGCAGCCAUGGAUAUGUUGGUUCCUCGGGUUGGAGAACUUAUUGGUGGAAGUCAAAGGGAAGAGAGGCUCGAUUACUUGGAACAAAGGUUGGAUGAGUUGAAGCUCAACAAAGAGAGCUAUUGGUGGUAUCUUGAUUUGCGGCGUUAUGGUUCGGUUCCUCAUGCUGGAUUUGGAUUGGGUUUUGAAAGGCUUGUACAAUUUGCGACUGGAAUAGACAAUAUAAGAGAUGCAAUUCCUUUCCCUCGAGCACCUGGCUUAGCCGACUUUUGAUGUCUGUAUGCUCAUCAAGUUCUCCUGGUAUUAUUUGUAUUUUUUUAUUUGUUUUUUGAAUUUGGACCUUUAGUAGGAACUGAAUUUGGUACGAAAGAUGGAUUUGUACGGUUUUGGAGAUUAUUUGUUUUCAUGUUUGUCUUUUGAGGAUUUUUGCAGUGAAAGCAAACAAACUGCUAUUUUGAUGUGUUGUGCAUCAAGUAUUUCAUGGCUUAUAAAAUUCUUCUUGUAAAACAUUUGAUACAAAAACUUAUUUGUCCUGAAAUUAAUAUAUUUUUGAAUUAUUAGAUU